UGUGAUGUCUAUUACGCUCGUCGGUGUUAAUUAAGAUAAAUAUAUAUUAUAUACACAGACACGUUUUUUAUAUUCAUGUAGUGGUAAAUAUUGAAUAGUAUACGUUACGUGUAUGUUUAGUACGUAUGUAUUUAUCUAUCAACAUGCAUUAUUGACUAGUUAUAAUACAAACAUUUCAGUUCACAAAUACAUUAAAGAAAAUGAAUAAUUCCAACAUAGACAAGCUACGUCUCAGCUAUAAUAUCGUGCCAAUGUCUUUCAAUGAUGACAAUGAUAGACAAAAAGUUAUCGAAUUUAUAAAAAAAUUUUUCUUUCAACAAGAACCAUUGAUAAUGUGUAUACAGUUAUUUAAAGAUGUCGAAUCAGUGGAUAAACUUCAAAAUCAUCUUUUCAAAACUUUGGACAAUGGUUUAACUUUCAAAGCCGUUUCUUCGGAUGGAGAUUUGAUUGGUGUUAUUACCAACGAAAUAAUUGAUCGGAAUAAUGAAACACGAAGUAAUUGUAGCAGUAACAACAAAGAUCAAGUGGGAAGUUUAAAAUUCAAUGAGUUCAUGAAACUUUUUCAAAAAAUCGAACAAGAAUCAAAUAUGUUUGAAAGGUAUCCAGAUGUAAAUCGGGUAAUGGAUAUUAAAGCGGUCGCUGUGAAUGAAAAAUUUAGAGGUCAAGGAGUUUGCAAAGCACUUUUUUAUAAAUGCAAGGAGUUGGCAUUAGAAAACAAAUGCUCAAUGGUCCGCGUCGACUGUAGUAGUUAUUUUUCUGCUAGUGCAGCAGAGAAACUAGGAUUUCAAUGCAUCUAUUCCUUGAAUUAUGAAGAAUAUAAAAAUGAAAAAGAUGAAGUGAUAUUUAAUUCUUUACCUCCUCACAAACAAUUUAAAGUUUAUGUAAUUUCUAUUGAAAAAUUCUUUGACGCAGAUUAAUUAAAAAUUAUUAUGAUAUAUAUAUAUAUA